UUUAUAUUUUACUGUCUUGCAGAUGGUGCCAACUAGUAUCUGUUGCAUUAAAAAAUCUUGGGUUUGAAAAUGUUGCUCUAAAUUCAAAUAUGAAGCAAUGGGAAAGAUUAGCUUCUAUUUCCAAAUUUAAAUCUAAUAGAUCAAGACUUCUCAUUGCUACAGAUGUUGCUAGUCGAGGUUUGGAUAUUCCAAUGGUUGACUUGGUAAUCAAUUAUAAUGUACCUCCUUUCCCAAAAAAUUACAUACAUCGAGUUGGUCGAACAGCUCGAGCAGGAAGAGGAGGUCUUGCUAUAACAUUUGUUAUGCCUGGUGAUAUUAUUGCCCUGAAAAACAUUGAAAAAGAAAUUCAUACUCAGCUUUCUGAAUUCAAGGUUUCAGGAAUUUUAUGGUUUUUUCAGAAAAAAAGAUACUCAGUAUUUUAACACAAGUUGAAGUUGCAUGGAGAGAAGCCGAUAUUUCUAUUGAAGAUUUAGACACAGAAGAAAGAAAGCAAAUAAAUGCAAGAAAACAACGUAUACUUGAUGGUAAUCAAGAACAUUUGCAUAGUGAACUCAAAAAAAGGAAAAGGACAAAAUUGAAAAAUAAGAAAACUUCAAAGAAGAAAAAAUGCUCAGAAUAAAAAUGAUUUUGUAUAAUAAUAUUUUUAUGUAUUUUGAGUAAUUGAUGUGUCUGCACAUAACAGUAUUCAAAUUUUCAUUUAUAAAAAUAACAUUUAAUAAAGCAUUUAAAUCAAA